UCCUGUUCGGUCUCCACGGUUACGCAUCUGCAGCUUGGGCUCUGAGCCUGGCUGGGAGAGCUGCGGCCGGCUGGGCUGGCGUUCGGGCCAAGCCCAGCGCCCAGGGAGCUCCUGGCCGUUAAACCGCAGGUGUACCAGCGAGAACACGGACGUCGGACGGCUGCAGAACUAGUGCUGGUAGUUGGUAACCAACAGGGUGGGCGGGCAGGCAUCCCGCUCUGGGCAAGUGCACAGCCACAAUGCCUCCCACACAAGCAGAGAGUGUCAUAAAGAAUAUCAUACGAGAAAUAGGACAAGAAUGUGCAGCCCAUGGAGAGAUCACUUCUGAAACGGUGGUUGCUUUUAUGGUGAAAGCUGUCGUCCUAGAUCCCAGCAAUGGCUUUAACAUGGAUAGGACCCUCGUCAAGACUGACGUGCAGAAACUUGUUAAGCUUUGCGUGGCACGGCUAUUGGACAACAAAAAUCCAUCCUUGGACACCAUUAAAAUGCAGGUCUACUUCGACAUGAAUUACACCAGUCGAGAGGACUUUCUCGAAGAACAUCACCGGGUCCUAGAGUCCAGGUUAGGCAUUGUUAGCAGAGAAAUCACGGACACCAGAGCAUGCGCUAAAGAAGAGCUGGAAAAUCUCUACAGAAAGAUCGUCAGCUACGUGUUACUGCGGUCUGGGCUUGGAUCCCCCACAGACAUCAAGAUUGUCAGAGAGGCAACAGCUGCCCUUCAGAGUGUUUUCCCUCAGGCCGAGCUCUGCACAUUUCUGACUCUUAGUAAGAAGGACAAAGAACGCCAGUUGAAAGAGCUCACCAUGAUCGUGACUGGAAUUCGGCUAUUUAACAGAGACUGUGGGAAAGGAGGAGAAGGCAUUGAUGACUUGCCAGCCAUUCUCCUCGAAGCAAUCCCAGCCACCACACACCAUAUCGACUCCCAGCUUCAGAUUGCCCAAGAACAGGCAUUUCGCUACACGGCCAUUAUUGAGAAGGUAACAAACAACCCGCUCAUGGCCAAAGAACUUCAGCCGUACAUGUUAAAGGAAGCGCUGUAUAAUGUUCGACAGUACGAGAUCUUCCUGCAGACUGUCCUGUCAGAUAUAAUCACCUGUGCUGAGGAAGUGGAGCUGAUGACAAAACAAUUGGCAGCUCAGCUGGAGCAGCUGAAAAUGACAGUAAAAUCCAAGACGGCGGUCCCAACGUCACAAGUCUUCCCCAUCUUCAUUGCGCUGGCCAGCCUGUGGACGAGCUUCCAGGAUGAGACGGUUCUUAUCAGCGUCCUCAGCAACCUGACCACCAACCUGGAGCUCUUCCUGGGCACCCAUGACCUCCUCUUUCCCGAGAAAGUGAUGCAAGGCCUUCUCGAUGGCGUCAUCGUGAAAACCGAUAUGACUCGGAUAGAGGAGCACUUAGAAGAAAAAGUGCAGUUGGCAGAUUUCAGAGUACUGGAGUGGCUUUUUCCGGAGACAACAGCCAAUUUUAACAAACUGUUAAUUCAGUACCGUGGAUUUUGCGGUUACACGUUUGCUGUAACUGAUGGCCUUCUCCUCCCAGGAAAUCCAACGAUUGGUAUUUUGAAAUAUAAAGAAAAAUAUUAUACUUUCAACAGCAGAGAUGCCGCAUAUUCAUUUGCAGAAAAUCCAGACCAUUACAUUAAUUUGAUCAAAGAGAAAGCCAAGAAGAAUGCAGAGUUAAUUCAGCUACUAGAGCUUCAUCAGCAGUUUGAAACUCUCAUACCGUAUUCUCAGGUUAGAUAUGAAAGAGAGCAACUGCUAGCAAGCCUAGCCAACCAAAACGCCUUCAGAGGCCAAAAGUACAGAAACCACGUCAGCAACCAAGACGCCUUCACAGCAGACAGACAAAGUGGAUCCCUUAAACCAAACACUGUGAAAGCAAAUCAGAAAUGUCAGUGGUAUUUAUCUACCAAAUAGGAUCCUUAAACGUCCAGCUCAGAACAAGCAAACCAAGAGAGAUCGGAGAGAGCCUGGAAAGAGCUCCCCAGCAUCCACCUGAGGCGACAAUGCCAGAGGGUUUGGCCACAGUGGUCCAGACCUCCUGUGAAGAGUAGAUUGCUCUUGGGAGACUAAAUUCUGGCACCAUAGAUGUUGAUGUAAAAUAGAGCUCUCACCUCGAAGGGAAUAAGAAGUAACUUGUCCUGAAGCAAGAUAUGAGUGGACCAUGGUCUAGGGUUACCCCAAAUUCCAUGCUCCAAGGUGUAAACAGUUUCAGGAAGGUUUUAUAGUUUUACAGAACACAGAAAGUCUUAAGUGCUUUUCAAGCCCACCUGUAGAAGCUGAAUGGUGAAUCAAAUCAAAGCGGGAGAAUUUCUCCUCUAGGCCUUACAUGGUAUCUGAUGGCAUCCAGCCUUUGGUGGGGAGAGGUAUUUGUUUUUAUAUCCAAACAACUUUACCUAAAGAUUGUCACAAAGAUGUUAUCUCGCAUAUAGACACGGACAAUAAAUGAGUAUCAAGAGUAAAGAUGGCCCGAGAUAAUUUAGCUCUGAUCUGUAGUAUGCCAAAUUCUCUAGAAAUAUUCAAAUACUACUCAGUUAACCAGACAGGAAGGCUCAGUGGAAAGCACACCUUCCUUCCAGGAACUUCCAUUCAUGCAUGCUAAUACUCAGCUCACUUCCUUUACUUGUACACAGUUCAGCAUCUCCUUCCAAGGGGAUGGUGCCACCAAAGGGGGGCUGGGGGUGGGAAGUCUUCCUACUUCAAUUAACCCAGUCAAGAUAAUCUUCCAUAGACUUUCAAGUCAACCUGAUCUAGAAAAGUCUUCAUCAAGACUCCUUUUCCAGAAGAUUCUAGAUUGUUCUAUGUUCGUAGUUAAAACUAACCAUCACAAAUACCUCUGCAUAUUCUCUUUUUGCAUUUUUUAAUUUUUGUUGAUUAGUCCUAUUUGUUCUUUCAUCUGUGAAAGACUGGGGUUGGGAAGAUCAAGGGCAUAACUGAAAUGAAGACCAGCAAAGGACUCGGCUUAUUUGGGAAAGCAGAGUGCAAACAUCAUCUAGCAGGUGCAUUGUCCUGGCCUGACGUUAGCUCAGCACAUCUUCUUCACUCAGUAGUAAAAUUAAGACUUAAUAAAACGUCCAAGCUUCCUUUAGAGGACUGGAAACAGAAAACCAAGGGCAAACGAUGCGCUUCUGUCAUUACCAGGCUGAGGAGUGGAACAGGCGCACUGCAGUCAUUACCAGGCUGAGGAGUGGAACAGGCGCACUGCAGUCAUCACCAGGCUGAGGAGUGGAGCAGGCGCACUGCAGUCAUUACCAGGCUGAGGAGUGGAGCAGGCGCUGAGCCGCGUUGUGGGCCUUGUUGAUGGAGCCUGUAUUUACCUCACACAUAGUUUUUAAUUCGUACCACACUGACAACAAACCUUAGCAGUUCUGAGGAGAAGUGAUUAAAAGGAGUGUCACUAGA